GUACCUCAUCACGGUGGUUAUUCUAUGUCAUCACAUAACUCUCAUCAUCACCUUCAAAUGUCACAUCAUCAUCAUCAUCAUCAUCUUGGUUCCCCUUAUAUGGAUCCAACAAAUUCUGCUACAAUGGUUAAAGCAAAACGAAAACGUGCUAACGCAAGUCAAUUAAAAGUUCUUAAUCAAGUAUUUCAACAUACUUUCUUCCCUUCAACCGAAUUAAGAAUUCAAUUAGGAAAACAAUUGGGAAUGUCACCUCGUACCGUUCAAAUUUGGUUUCAAAACAAAAGACAAAGUUGGCGUAGC